UUUUAUAUUUGUUUGCAAAUUCCGUCCAAAUUGUGAGUUAUGUUUAUAAAUUGUAACGCAUUCCAGAAUUUGGGCGCUUUACACGUGUGUCGGUAAUGCUAUCUGCCUUGGUUCAGCGUCGGCAUAGUUAUGAGAUCACCGAUCGUCUGCUUACAUUCCAAAUUUUAGAGGAAAGGAUAUAAUACAAAGAAUUAUACUCCUCUAACAAAAGAGAAGAGAAGGAAUGGAAUCUAAUAACCAGAAGGAGAACAUAGUAAUGACAGGGGGUUCUUUCACAACUAGUGAUGACACAGACUCGGUUAUCACCGCCCAACCCCGCAAAACGUCGCGUAUGGAGACUGGAAGUCGAGCUAAAGCUAUAGAUGCAGGAAGGACAAUUUUCGAUGACGCACACUGUGAAAGAGACUGGGCCAAUGGACUCUGUCAGUGUAAAGGUGACGACAAAAGGCACUGUUGCUGUUACGUUUGUUGCUGGCCUUACCUAAAAUACAUAAUAGCAACACGGUUAGGGGAAACCCCUUUUAUGGCACUUAUACCGUGUGCAGUGUUCGCCCUCAGAAUCAAAGUCAGAACAUUAUUUGGUAUCAAGGGAUCAUUAGUAAAGGAUUUCUUCACUUCUCUGUGUUGUGAACCAUGCGCUGUAUGUCAGAUGAACAGAGAAUUGGACCAGAUAGGCAUGUGAUUUUGAAUUUCCUCAACUGUCAUAUUUCAUUUAUCCUAAUUGCAUAGUUGUAAUUUUCUUUCGAUUUUAUUUUAUCAAUGUUCAUAUGACAUGUGCUUGCUCAUAUGUAGUGAUAUCCUUCUAUCAUUGGUUUCUAAGACAUGCAAUAUUUCAGAUCUACAUUAUUGUAACUGUUAAAUAUAUGUUCAUAUUUUUUACAUGCAUCUUUUUGUGCUUAAAUCGGUUAUGUAUUUUCAACUGUCAACAAACACAUUAUUAUUAUAUAAAAUACGUUUAUACAUAUCAUUGUACAUGUUUUUUUAGAAGAAAAAAAAUAAAAAAUACUUGUUGCAGUAAUAAAUCUAUUUAUUACCAGUCAAGAGUAUCAGUAAUGAGAAAUAUUGAACAGAAUAGAUUUUGUCUUUGUAUGAAAGCAAGGUUUUCAUUUGGAAAAAGUUUGGUGGUUUUUUUUUAAAUUCAAAAUGUUUUGUCUUUAAUUAAUAAAUCAAUGAUUUUAUGGGUUUUUUUCUUAU